CGCCGGGAGACGGAGCGCGGAGGGCUGGUUGUUGUUGUGAUGGUGCGGCGUGUCUGUGGCCCGGUACCCGCGGACAAAGUUCGGAGGAAACGCCUCCUCUGGCCCGUCUGGUGCCGAGCGGCGGGACCUUCUCUAGAGCGGGCUCCACGCCCAGCACGGCACGGCACGGCGUGGAAAUGCACGACUUCAGGCUCGGCCUGUUGAUCACAGUCAGCAGUUACUCGCAGUCCUCCGCUUCCGUUGGUCUGUAGUGUAACGCGCACGCGGGCGCUGUGUGUCCAGCAUUUGUGUGUUUUUCUGGUUUCCGGUGGAAGUUGUUCACUAAACAGACACGAGGAGCGACGUUCCCUCCCGUUUCCGGUCUUUACGGCGUGAUAAGGGGAGGUCGUCGCAGACUUUAACCCCGCAGGCUGUCCUCUCCAGGUGUAGUAGCUCACCUGUGACAGAAACCGUACAGCAGGUAGACUGCACAGGUGUACUGACCCAGCUCUACUGUAGAACCCAGUCAGGUGACGUCAGCAUGGCUUCCCCAAAAACAGACGCAGGAAUGUCUCCAAAGAUCACCGGGGAGCUGCUCCGGCUGCUCCGGAACGCCAUGAGGAACUGUAAAUAUGUGUCGGAGCCCAUCCAGGCCUACAUCAUCCCGUCUGGAGACGCGCAUCAGAGUGAAUACAUUGCACCGUGUGACUGCAGGCGUGAGUUCAUCAGCGGAUUCAACGGCUCUGCCGGGACCGCCAUCGUCACGGAGCAGCACGCUGCCAUGUGGACGGAUGGGAGAUAUUUCCUCCAGGCCAGUCAGCAGAUGGACAACAACUGGACUCUCAUGAAGAUGGGACUGAAGGAGACCCCCUCCCAGGAGGACUGGCUGAUCAGCGUUUUGCCAGAAAACUCCAAAGUGGGAGUGGAUCCUUGGAUCAUCGCUGCUGACCAGUGGAAGAACAUGUCCAAGGCGCUGACCAGCGCCGGCCACUCUCUGGUGGCGGUGCAGGACAAUCUAAUCGAUGUGGUCUGGACAGACCGGCCUGAAAGGGCCAGCUCGCAACUACGCAUCCUGGGAUUAGAGCAUGCAGGCGUCUCCUGGCAGGAUAAGGUGACGGCGCUGCGAGGCAAGAUGGCAGAGAGGAAAAUCAACUGGUUUGUUGCCACAGCACUGGAUGAGAUUGCAUGGCUCUUCAACCUCCGUGGUGCCGACAUUGAAUACAACCCAGUUUUCUUUGCAUAUGCCAUAUUUGGGAUGAACUCAAUAAGGCUGUUUGUGGACUUGAAGCGUCUUUCUGACCCCGCCCUGAGAGACCACCUGCAGCUGGACUCGCCCAGCAGGCCCGACAUGAGCGUCCAGACCUUCCCUUACGAGUCCGUCUACACGGAGCUGCAGGCGAUCUGCGCGGCGCUCGGCCCCAAGGACAAAGUGUGGAUCUGCGACAAGGCCAGCUGCUGCCUCACUCAGGUCAUCCCGAAGCCCCACAGAACUCCAAUUCCCUACACGCCGCUGUGCCUCGCCAAGGCGGUGAAGAACCCGACGGAGGUUCAAGGCAUGAAGCGGGCGCAUAUCAAGGAUGCAGUUGCUCUCUGUGAACUCUUUGCUUGGCUGGAAAAGGAGAUCCCAAAAGGCACAGUGACCGAAAUCUCUGCUGCUGAUAAGGCUGAAGAACUACGCAGUCAACAGAAAGAUUUCGUUGGCCUCAGUUUCCCCACCAUCUCCGGCGUGGGCCCAAAUGCAGCCAUCAUACAUUACGGACCUCUGCCCGAAACCAACAGGACUCUCACCGUGAACGAGGUUUACCUGAUCGACUCUGGAGCUCAGUACAUAGAUGGAACAACAGAUGUGACGCGGACCGUGCACUUUGGGACUCCUUCUGCUUAUGAAAAGGAAUGUUUCACGUAUGUUCUGAAGGGACACAUAGCAGUCAGUGCCGCCAUCUUCCCCAAUGGAACUAAAGGACACCUCUUGGACUCGUUCGCCCGUGCUGCUCUCUGGGAGUCUGGACUGGACUACCUUCAUGGAACGGGUCAUGGCGUGGGCUGCUUUCUCAACGUGCAUGAGGGUCCCUGUGGCAUCAGCUACAAAACCUUCGCCGAUGAACCUCUGGAGGCCGGCAUGAUCGUCAGCGACGAACCCGGAUACUAUGAAGAGGGAGCGUUUGGGAUUCGUGUUGAAAAUGUGGUCCUGGUUGUACCGGCGAAGCCCAAAUACAACUACAGAAACAGGGGAAGCCUGACGUUUGAGCCUCUGACUUUGGUCCCAAUCCAAGUCAAGAUGAUGAACACAGAGCUGCUCACUCAGAGGGAGCGGGAUUGGGUGAACGAGUACCACAGACGGUGCAGGGACGUGGUGGGGGCGGAGCUGGAGCGGCAGGGCCGGCAGCAGGCCCUGGAGUGGCUGAUCAGAGAGACGCAGCCGAUCGUCUGAGUCUCCUGCACAGCCGGACGAGCAGCGAUAAUCAUUUCUGUCUCACAUUCAGCUUCUUUUUGUAAAGCGCAUUGAUCAGCGGUUUUAUUAAAGGUUGUUCAGUCAAACCCUC